UGACGAGUUUGUGUAUAUAAAGGAAGGGCGAUAUGAGCUUUAGUUUUUGUAUCCGCCUCCAGAGAGAAAAAAAAACAAUUGGCAUAAACACUCUCAAAGACAAGUAAUCAAAAGCUUUUUAGAAGCUCCAUCAUGGCGACGUCAGGAACAUACGUGACAGAAGUUCCUCUGAAAGGGUCGGCGAAGAACCACUACAAGAGGUGGAAGAGCGAAAACCAACUCUUCCCGGAAGCCAUUGGCCAUCACAUCCAAGGUGUCACCGUUCACGAGGGCGACUGGGACUCCCACGGGGCCAUUAAGUCGUGGAACUACACAUGCGAUGGGAAGCAAGAGGUGUUCAAGGAGAAGAGGGAGUUAGACGACGAGAAGAUGGCUGUGACGUUUAGAGGGCUGGAUGGUCACGUGAUGGAGCAGCUUAAGGUGUAUGAUGUCAUCUUCCAGUUCAUCCCCAAGUCUCAGGAAGGUUGCGUCUGCAAAGUCACUAUGAUUUGGGAGAAGCGCUACGAAGACUCUCCGGAGCCAAUCAAGUACAUGAAGUUCGUCACGAGCUUGGCUGCUGAUAUGGACGACCACAUUCUCAAGAACCAGAACAAGGCGUAAUCAUCAUAGUGAUCAUCUUUAAGAAGAUAAAAUAAAUAAAAAGCAUCUAUACAUAUGUGUCUCUUUUGUGUUUGUCUCGUAGAUGGGUGAUCAUCCGCCUCCUUUUCUUGUGUACAUUUUAUGCUGAUAAUAAUGGCGGUUUGUCUUGUAAGCUUAUGUAUCAAUAUCAUCUCUCUGUCUUUGAUGAUUUGA